GGGGCAGGCUAAUUUCACAAUCUAAAAGGAACUUAAGGACUGCUACACGACACUCUAACUUAAAAGAUCUCGGGCAACAGCAAUCUAAGGCAUAUUUGAGAAAAUCUAGGAGAGAAGUAAAGGGAGCAGAAACUGGAUAUACAUUUAUUGAAAUCACUCACACAACGUUCAGUUGCCAUGGAUUUCAACAGCAGCAUCAUCAGGGACAGCAACCCCAUGGAAAACCUGGAGAAGCAGUUAAUCUGUCCAAUUUGCUUAGAAAUGUUUUCCAAACCAGUGGUUAUUCUGCCAUGCCAGCAUAAUCUGUGCCGCAAGUGUGCCAGUGAUGUGUUUCAGGCAGCUAACCCAUAUUGGUCUUCCCGAGGAAGUUCUACUACCCUCUCAGGUGGCCGAUUCCGAUGUCCAUCCUGUCGUCAUGAAGUGAUCCUGGACCGCCAUGGAGUCUAUGGCCUGCAGAGAAACUUACUUGUGGAGAACAUCAUAGAUAUCUACAAAGAAGAAUGUACCAAACCACUGAAGAAGAAAGGUGAACAGGUCAUGUGCAAAGAGCAUGAAGAUGAGAAGAUUAAUAUUUACUGUGUCACCUGUGAAGAACCCACCUGCUCCAUGUGCAAAGUAUUUGGGGCCCAUAAAGAUUGUGAAGUCGCACCACUCAAAAACAUCUACCAAAAACAAAAGUCAGAGCUGAGCAGCAGUAUCUCCAUGCUAGUCGCUGGGAAUGACAGAGUCCAAGCUAUUAUCAGCCAGCUGGAAGAUAUCUGCAAAGCCAUUGAGGACAACAGCAAGCACCAGAAAGAAGGGCUGUGCACAAAUUUUGAUGGUCUCUAUGCCCUGUUGGAAGACAAGAAAUCAGAACUGCUACAGAAGAUCACCAUUGAAGAGUCAGAAAAGACAACCUUUGUCAGGUCUCUGGUUCAGCAGUACAAAGAACAGCUGGACAGCAACUCAAAGAUGGUAGAGACUGGCCUGCAGACCAUGGAUGAGCCAGCUGGUGCCGCCUUCCUGAUGAAAGCCAAACAGCAAAUUAAAAAUAUUUUGGAUGCUGCCAAGGUGUGCCAGGUACAGGGUACAGAGCCUGGAUUCGAGAGUAUGGAUCACUUAAUGUUGAACACAGAAGAUGUUGAAAUUGCACUGAGGAACAUUGACUUUAAAAGAGAAGGAGAUGACGAGGAGGAAGAAGAGGAAGAAGAAGAGGAGGAAGAAGAAACACAAGAAAAUGCCUUUGACUCACCUGACACUGAUGAAGACUCUCAGAAUGAGAAAAGAAAUGGGCAGCAGUGACUACAGUAUAGAUGAAGACUGUUUCUGUACUGUGAAUUGAAAGCCAUGCCAGUAUUUUGGAGUAGCAGGACACACAGAAUACUUGACAGAUUGAAGAGACACCUGAAGGCAAGAGAAAGGAUGUUGGAAGGUUGUGAAGUCAGGAUAUACAUAUGUUAACGUGGAACAGUGCAAUCAAAAUCUCCGAAAACUUGCUUGAAGCAAAGAAAACGGGACUUCUUUUUUAUAUUGGUGCAAAAUGCAACAUUUUGUACAUUUUAUGUUUUGUACGCUAUUUUUGUAUAUAAGUAAUUGUAAGGGGACAAGAAUGCCUUUGAGUUAUAUUUAUUAAUGAAUGUUCUAUAUUCAGGGAGUAGGCAUGUGACACAAGAUGAUUUUUGACAGGUUAGGGGAGGAGAAGAGUUUUGAAGAGGCUGGGCUGAGGGUUUGAUACUAGGGUAGUAUAGUAUAACACCAUGGCUUUGACGGUGCUCAUUUACUGCAUUAAUAAGAGAAACAUUGUUGAAUUUCAUUGUUUACAGUUAGGAAUAUUGGUGUACUGUAUGGAUAUUAUUACUACUGUAACUUUUGCACAGAUUAAUAAAUUAAACUUUCCCUUCAAUAACA